ACGGAUCUCCUUCAUUACCAACUUAGGAAGAGGAAAGUAAUAGGUGGAUCACCAACACCUUUAGUUCUUUCUGCCCUGGCCUUUUACUUUGUAUUCAUCCUGGGCUUGGACUGCUUGGUUCAGAUUGCCCGAGCUCAAAAUGGUACUACUCCUCCUUCCGAAGUGAGUGCUUUGAACUCCGUCUUCAACCAAUGGGGAAUAUCAUUAUCCCCAACAUAUUAUCAAGCGUACAUAAGCGGAGAACCAUGCAGUGGAGCAGCCAUCGACACUACCAUUCUCUGGAACAUCGACGGUACAGAUUACAAUCCCGGUAUCCGAUGCAAAUGCAAUGGAACUGUUUGCCACAUUACCCAACUCAAAGUCUUAGAGCUGGAUGUUACUGGAGGAAUCCCGGAGGAGCUGUGGUCUUUGACUUCCCUCACACAUUUGAACUUGCCCCGAAAUUACCUGACUGGUCCCCUGUCUUCAUCCAUUGCCAAUCUAACUCAAUUGCAGUGGCUGGUCCUGACGGCUAAUGCAUUAUCGGGGGAGGUUCCAAAGGAAAUUGGAAAACUAACUAAUCUGUUACUAUUAAGCAUUAGCAUGACUAACUUCUCUGGCUCUCUCCCAUCAGAACUGGGGAAUUUGAUAAAAUUAGAGCAAUUCUACUUCGACAGUUCUGGAGUUAGUGGAGCUAUUCCAUCUACAUUUGCUGCUCUACAAAACCUCUCAAGAGUGUGGGGUUUUGAUAAUGAACUCACAGGGAGCAUACCUGAAUUCAUAGGGAACUGGUCAAAACUUAGCUCCCUGAGGUUUCAAGGAAACGCCUUUGAAGGUGGAAUACCGUCAACAUUUUCCAAAUUGACCUCGUUGACGGACUUGAGAAUAAGCGAUUUAUCUAACGGAAGCUCUUCACUGGCAUUUCUGAAAGAUAUGACGUCUCUGAGUACCUUAAUUCUAAGGAAUAACAAUAUUUCUGGUACUAUCCCCUCCAGUAUUGGUGAUUUUAAGAGUUUGUCUCAACUGGAUUUGAGCUUUAACAAUUUAACUGGACCAAUUCCAGCUUCUCUCUUUGAUUUGAGCUCUCUCUCUUACUUGUUUCUUGGGAAUAAUAAAUUGACUGGAAUGCUUCCCGCAGUAAAGAGUCCUCUUCUGCAGAUAGAUGUGUCGUACAAUCAAUUAUCAGUGGAACUUCCAUCUUGGGCAAACAACAGUGUUCUGGCUACGGGAUUGGACUGUAUUCAACAGAUCUUUCCCUGCCUUGGGGAUAUUCCCGGUUCUCCUAAGUAUUCCGACUUUGCGAUUAAUUGUGGUGGUCCAGAGAUAACAUCUAGUAGUCAGAUUGUAUAUGAGCGGGAUAAAGAGACUCUUGGUCCAGCUACUUAUUAUGAGGCUAGUACAAAAAGGUGGGCAGUUAGUAAUGUCGGGGGCUUCAACGAGCUAAACGAUUCCCAGUAUACGAGUUUCUCUUCAAUUCAGUUCAAUACUUUGGAUUCGGAGCUGUUACAGACAGCACGAAUAUCACCUGGAUCACUAAGAUAUUUUGGGCUGGGACUUGAGAAUGGUAAUUACAAUGUGACUCUCCAGUUUGCAGAGACAGCAUUCUUAAAUCCCCCAACUUGGAAAAGUCUUGGAAGGCGUGUUUUUGAUAUAUACAUCCAGGGGAAUCUGGUUCAGAAAGAUUUCGACAUAAAAAAGGUGGCUGGUGGGAUCUAUUUACAAAUUCAGAUGGUUUUCCCAGCUCAAGUAUCAAAAAACUACCUUGAAAUCCAUCUAUUUUGGGCUGGUAAAGGGACUUGCUGUAUACCUUCUCUUGGUACAUAUGGACCUUCUAUUUCAGCAAUCAGUGCUGUCCCAGAUUUCAUCCCCACUGUUGGUAAAAACCCUACAUCCGGCAAAAAGAGUAAGACUGGUUUGAUUGUGGGGAUUGUUGUUCCUAUUGGAGUUGUAAGCUUUCUAUAUUUCCUUGCGCUCUAUUGGUUUGUCCUUUGCCGAAAAGGGCCGGGAUGGGACCACGAUGAAGAGCUCCUAGGGAUGGAUGUUAGGCCCUACACUAUCAGUUAUGCAGAACUAAAGGCUGCUACAGAAGAUUUUAAUCCCACGAACAAACUUGGGGAGGGAGGCUUUGGACCCGUUUUUAAGGGAACACUUAAUGAUGGGAGGGUUAUUGCUGUCAAGCAACUGUCUAUGGCCUCCCACCAAGGAAAGGAUCAAUUUGUUGCAGAGAUUGCUACAACAUCUGCUGUUCAACAUCGAAAUCUUGUGAAAUUGUACGGAUGUUGCAUUGAGGGGAACAAACAACUGAUUGUUUAUGAGUAUCAUGAAAACAAGAGUCUUGAUCAAGCAUUGUUUGGGAAGACAAGUUUGUUUCUUAACUGGCCCAUCCGCUUUAAUAUAUGCUUGGGUGUAGCAAGGGGUCUAGCUUAUCUUCACGUGGAAUCUCGGCUUCGCAUUGUACAUAGGGAUGUUAAGGCCAGCAAUAUUCUUCUUGACUCUGACCUCAACCCCAAAGUUUCUGAUUUUGGUUUGGCCAAACUUUUUGAUGACAAAAUGACCCACAUCAAUACCCGUGUUGCAGGGACAUUUGGGUACCUUGCACCUGAGUAUGCUAUGCUUGGGCAACUUACAGAAAAGGCCGAUGUGUUUGGCUUUGGUGUUGUAGCUUUGGAGAUUGUCAGUGGAAGGCCAAAUACUGACUCGAGCUUGGAAGAAGAAAAGAUCUAUCUUCUUAAAUGGGCCUGGCAUGUGCAUGAAAACAACUGUGAAGUUGAGCUAGUGGAUGCUAGAUUAUUAGAAUUUGACGAGGAAGAAGUAAAACGAGUUAUACGAGUAGCUCUUUUGUGCACCCAGACAUCCCCACAGCAACGCCCCUCCAUGCCCCGUGUAGUGGCGAUGCUUUCAGGAGACAUUGAAGUUAGUGCAGUUACUUCACGACCUGGAUAUUUUACUGACUGGAACUCCAACGCAACCAGUUUUAUGACUACGGAUACUCCAAGUGCAGAAAAACGAACAUAGCCAAUUCAGUUCAUCAACGAGUCGUAUACUCCAAGUGCAACGAACAUAGCCAAUUCCGUUCAUCAACGAUGCAAGCAUGGCAGCGAAUCCGGGGUUAGAGAUUUUCAACGUAAUAAAUGGGGUGCCUACUAGGGGCAUUGCCCUUCCCAAUUAAUUGAUGUCUACUGGAGGUAUGGCUCUUUGCAAAAAGGUGCCCUGGUAAUAGGCAUGAUUUUACCUAAUUAAUUAAUUGUCUUCAAAAGAUGUGAUUCUUUUUAAUGUGUGUCUAAUAAAGACGUGGCUUUUCAUGAAAGGGUGUCUAUAAGUGUGUAAAUAGAUCCUUUGUAAAGUCAUUCAACAUAUAAGAAUGGCUGCCUUGUGCAAUUGGUU